AUGAAGGCCGCCCUCUUCCUCUCCGCCCUCGCCUCUGCCGCCGUUGGCGUUGUCGCCGAGGACCUCAAGAUUGAUGUUACUCUUCCCGUUGUCUGCGACCGCAAGACACAGAAGGGAGACAGGGUUCAGAUGCACUACCGUGGCACCCUCAAGGACUCGGGGAAGCAAUUCGAUGCCAGCUACGACCGUGGUACUCCUCUUGAUUUCGUUGUUGGCUCUGGUCAGGUCAUCAGGGGAUGGGACGAGGGUCUUCUCGACAUGUGUAUUGGCGAGAAGCGACUUUUGACCAUCCCUCCUGAGUACGGCUACGGCCAGCGAGCCAUUGGCCCUAUCCCCGCCGGCUCUACCCUGGUUUUCGAGACAGAGCUCGUUGGAAUUCAGGGCGUCCCCAAGCCCGAGAAGAUCAAGACAAAGGUUGUCGAGGGUGCCGAGACUGCCGCCGAGGCUAUCAGUGAGGCUGCUGAGUCUGCCGCAUCUGCCACCAAAAAUGUUGCUGGUAAGGUUGCUCAGGCUGUUGUCGAUGCUGCUGAUGCCGCCAAGACCAUCAUUGCAGACACUGAUGACGCUCCUGAGCACGAGGAGCUGUAA